CGUCAUUUCCUCCAUAUCCUACCUAGAGAGCGUCUUUAAGAGCAUUCUAAACAGCAUUUCAUUUUAGCCUGCCUCUUUUCAUUCACAUCAUUUGUAAACCUUUGGAUAGCUCCAAACAGCCAUUUUGUUGUCCCCGUAACCUCCUCCUCCUCCUCCUCACUCUUCAUCAUGGGUUCAACCAAGCCCUCCAAGUUUGGAAAUCUCCUUCUUAGUACCAUUGGCCCUCUCGAUUGCGCUCUUACUGGAACGGCAAUUCUGAACAGCCCCACCUUCAACAAGGGAUCUGCCUUUACGCCAUCGGAGCGUCGAGACUUCAAUCUGACCGGCUUGCUUCCAGCUAAUGAGCAGUCCCUGGAGCAUCAGGUUGAGCGCGCAUACCAGCAAUACCUGUCCAGAAGCGAUGACCUAGCCAAGAACACGUUUCUUACCUCGUUAAAGGACCAAAAUGAAGUGCUCUAUUUCAAGCUGUUGCUCACUCACCUCAAGGAAAUGUUCAGCGUCGUGUAUACUCCAACCGAGGGUGAUGCCAUUCAGAACUACUCGAGGCUUUUUCGUCGUCCAGAGGGCUGCUUCUUGGACAUUAACCACCCUGAAAACGUAGAGCAGGAUCUCGCUCUCUGGGGAGGGCCGGAUGAUGUCGACUAUAUUUGCGUCACUGACGGCGAGGAAAUCCUUGGAAUCGGCGAUCAGGGCGUGGGCGGCAUUCUCAUAUCUGGAGCAAAGCUGACACUUGCGUCCCUCUGCGCUGGCGUUCACCCCAAUCGAACUCUCCCGGUAGUCAUAGACUGCGGCACAGACAAUCAAGACCUGCACAAUGAUGAGCUUUAUCUUGGCCUCCACCAGAACCGAGUAAGGGGCAAACAAUACGACGAGUUUAUCCAGACAUUUGUCGAAGCUGCUCGAAAGCUGUUCCCGCGAGCUUACAUCCACUUUGAGGACUUUGGUCUUAGGAAUGCCAGACGUCUUCUGGAAUUGUAUCGUCCCAAGAUUGCCUGCUUCAAUGACGAUGUCCAGGGAACAGGCUGUGUGACGCUUGCCGCCAUCAUGGCUGCCCUCCAUGCCAGUGGACAGAAGCUCAGCAACAGUCGCAUGAUAAUUUUCGGCGCUGGAAGUGCUGGAGUUGGUAUUGCAGACCAAGUCAGAGACGCCAUUGCUGCGGAGAUGAAUAUCAGCCACGAGAAGGCCUCGCAGCAAAUCUGGUUGAUCGACAAGCCUGGCCUUCUGACAUCAAAGAUCGAUGUCUCAGACGCUCAAAAGAUGUACGUCAAAGACGCAUCUGAAUGGAGCGAUAACGCCAGUCUCCUCUCAGUCGUCAAGCAAGUGAAUCCCAACAUCCUCAUCGGAACAUCCACCGUGCCCGGCGCCUUUACAGAAGAAAUCGUCAAGGCCAUGCACGAAAACUGCCCGCGCCCAAUCAUCUUCCCGCUCUCCAACCCAACGCGGCUUCACGAGGCAAAGCCAGCCGAUCUGCUCAGGUGGACCAACGGUCAGGCUCUAGUUGCGACGGGAUCUCCCUUUGAUCCCGUCACUGGCCCCUGGGGUAAGGACGGAAAAGAUAUCACGAUUGAGAUUGCCGAGUGCAACAACUCGGUGGUUUUCCCUGGUAUUGGUCUUGGCUGCAUCCUCAGUCGCGCGAAGCUCCUCACCGACCGCAUGCUCGUCGCGGCCGUCCAAGGCGUCGCAUCGCUAAGCCCCACGCUGAAGGAUCCGACAGCGACUCUCCUUCCAGACGUAGAAGAGGUGAGGACCGUCAGCGUCCAGGUGGCCAAGAGCGUGAUCCAGGCUGCUGUGGAAGAAGGCGUGGCGACGGAAAAGGACAUUCCGUCCGAUGAACACGAUCUUGAGGAGUGGAUCAGAGAGCAGAUGUGGAAUCCUGAAUAUCGUCCGCUGAGGCUCGUCAAGAUGGAGGACGCGACGAGGGCGGCCAAGGGGGAGCUUGGAAAGGCCAUGCCUGGACUGUAGCACAGAAUGAUGAAGAGCAAGGGCAGAACGCGGGGGACAUAGACUUGUGCCGUAUUCGCCAGCACGUAGACAUAGAUGCUGAUAGACUUGCUAUAGACUGCCUAUUGGGUAGAACAGUAAAAAGAGACACUUGCAGCAU